AUGUCGGCUAAACCAUCACAUGAGCGCUCGGAACAGGCCCAAGAGCCCGGUCCUUCAGCCAAUAAGCGGCGACGCGUUGGUCUUGCCUGCAAUGCGUGUCGCAUGCGUAAGUCUCGCUGCGAUGGACAACGGCCAUCGUGCUCAUCCUGCGUCUCACUUGACUUCGACUGCCAGUAUGAGUCAAGCGAGUCUGCUACCAAUGUCAUCGUACGAAAGGACUACAUGUCUGAUCUGGACUCUCGCAUGACCGCUAUGGAAAGCAAACUCCAGCGAUUCAAUGAUCUGCUCAGAGGCCAUUUGACGCCGUGUGCCGAUACGCGUCAAGCUACCAUAGGUAGCUCCGUAAUAGCACAAUCGCAACGAGAUGAAUCUUCACAGCCUCCUAACCGUGCGGACAUCGGUCAGACUCUUGUGGCCGGUAUGGAAGAGCCCCAAGACGACGAUGCAGCGACCAAUGGCAUGGCCAUGGUUUUCAUCGAUGAACACACCUCGGCGUUCUUCGGUGAAUCGUCCAACAUCAAUUUUACGCAGCUUCUUCUAAGAGCGGUGGCUAUCGCGCGUCAAACCGACAUACAAGUGCCUGGUACGAAAGAUCACGCCAGCUUCCUUGACGACGGUAAUGUCUCAGGCAUACAUCAUAGCCAACCGCAAUCGAAAGCGCCAUUCACGAUUUCUGCUGGAAUUUCAAUCACUUCAUUGCCGGAAGUGGCAGUGAUGAACAGGUUGUUAGACACGUAUUUCGACACUGCAGGGGUAGUAUUUCCUUUCCUCCUCGAGGAGACAACCAGAAAAACUUACUCCGAAUGCCUGAAGAACGGCUUCAAAAGGGCUCGAAGAACUUGGCUUGGGACCUUGAACAUGAUGUUCGCACUGGCCACCAUGCUCGAUCGAGAGAACUUCCCAUCAGCCAAGAAACGCUUCGAAAGAGGGGACCUCUACUAUCACAGGGCUGUUGGACUGUGUGGCGAACUCUCCAAGCACGUCGUGAGCCUGGAAACUGUUCACUACUUACUGAUGGUAGUUAUGUAUUGUCAAGGCACCCAACGCUCAGUGCAAGCCUGGAACAUACAUGGAUUACUGACCCGGUCCGCCAUGGCACUCGGUUUGCAUAGUUGUGUUGCUGGAAAGCAUCUGGAUCCCAUUCAGGCGGAGUACCAGCGACGCACGUGGGUCAUCAUUUACUGCUUGGACAAAGUCUUGAGCGCAGCUUUUGGGCGACCAGCGAGUGUACCAGAUGAGCAUGCCGUUGACCGACAACCUUCUGCAGCCCUCUAUCACACCCCUAGCAUGUCAGAAAGUGGUGCAGACAUCCCUGGCGACUUCCUUGCCGUAUCGUUCGAAUUGUAUCAGGUAAUGAGCAAAUCCUUGGUCAAGCAGUAUUCGGCGACCGCUCAGCAGAGAGACAUCGAUCUGGAUGAUUUGAAAACACUGCAGGCCUCCGUCGAAUUCCGGAAGAGCCUUCGAAUGUGGGCUGCAAGUCUGCCACCCUACCUCGGCCUUUGUGACGCGCAACCAGAGAUCCUUGCGGAAAGUUCACGGCUGAACAGACUUCGUGUCAUACUGUCACUUCGGUACCAUAAUCUAAGCAUCCUUGUUCACAGACCAUUGCUCAGCAUCACCAUUGGUCAUUUAUUUCGAAAGGACGACAAUGCCAUCAAUACUGCUCCUUACUUCAUUCAGCUAGCAAUGGCCGAGGCCGAAGAAUGCGUACAGUCAGCGGAGGCCACCAUCAACAUUGCCCAUGCUGUCAUCUCUGCUGAUUCUACGAGCAAGAACAACCUUGGAGCCUGGUAUUUCACUCUAUAUUACGUAUUCACAGCGUCUCUUGUUAUCAGCGCACGAUUUCUCUGGACGCAGCAUGACAGUCUUCAACUUUCCUUGGCAGCUAUUGAGCACUCGAGAAAACUGCUUAAGAAAGCUGAAAAAGUGUUUCAGCACCUAGAUUCGGACAACAACCUUGUACUUAGUUGCUGGAAGUACAUACAUGAGCUAUCGAUUAUGUGUCAAUAUCGCAGUACGUCACCAUAUCUACCCUACUACACACUUCGGGAGAAUCAGUCAAUUGAGCCUAUAGCAGCGUGGCCAAACAUCUCGGCCGACCCUACAUCUAUGUCAAACUCAUUCCUGACGGUGCCUCCAGACGCAAAUGACAUCGAGGUGUACCAAUUGUUUGCAAGGGAGAUGUUUGAUCCGUCCACCUUCGAGAUUAAUCCUUACGGAGCUGUAAAUGGGGAUGACAUGAUCGGAGCUGCCUGGUAUUAUGAUAUGAUGGCCUAUAAAGACCAUACAUUACCUGUAAGAUAUUCGGCUAUGAUCACGAAGCGAACUAUUGAAUUUGGAUAUCUAAACCAGCCUAGCUGGCGGCGUUGCAUGGGAUCAUUCUCCACAGCUAAAUCACUGCGAUCAUAUUUCGUUCUUAUCAAACCAACACAACACUCCGCUUUCAACACGAUGUCUGAUCCCACCGUCGUCACGCAGCUGCCAGACGAAGCUGACCGCCGCUUCUACUGCAAAGAUGAACUGCGUGAGUAUUUUACUCGCAUCAAUCUUCCUGAGCAAUAUCUUAACGCGCCGAUUUUGUCGAAUGCCGACCUUGCGAAAACAAAGGAGCAUGGACUUCCGUUGCUAGAGGCAUUGUGCCGUCAGCAGGCAUGCAACGUCCCUUUCGAAAACCUCAUCCUCCAUUAUUCUGCUAGCAAAAAGGUUACUCUUGACUUGUCCGAACUUUACACCUGGUUCGUCAAGCGACGACGUGGUGGUCGUUGCAUGGAGACCAACAGUUUCUUCGGCACUGUCCUUCGCUCGAUUGGCUAUCAAGUUCGCAAUUGCGGUGGACGUGUCUCCAGAGCAAUGAGUCCAUACCCAGAGGUGCGGAAGAAUCAGGCUCACACGUAUGAUGGGAUGAACCACAUGCUCAACCUCGUGCACUUCGAGGAUAAGGAUGAGUGGUUUGUGGUUGAUGUGGGUAUGGGUGCAAUGGGUCCAAACAUGCCGUACCCGCUCCGCGACAACUUCGAAGUUACCAGUAUUGCGCCGAGGAAGAUCCGACUCCAGAAGAGAGCCAUUGGCGAGUCGUAUGGAGGUGCAAAUGCACCGAAGCUUUGGUGCUACGAUGUCUGUUACGACCCCAGCCACGGUGCCGACAACAAAUGGAUUCCCACAUACUGCUUCACAGAGAACGAAUUCCUACCCCAGGAUUAUGAAGUCAUGUCCUGGUUCACCUCUACACAUAGCCGAUCCUUCUUCACACGCUAUGUAACGGCCACAAAAAUGAUCAUGGGUGCUGACAGGGAGAAUAUUGUCGGUAGUGUCACUCUAUUCAAGGAGGCUAUUAUGGAGCAGACAGGCAGUGAGCGCAAACUCAUCAGGAAGUGCAAGACAGAAAGAGAGCGCACUGAGUUGCUGAAAAAGAUUUUCGGGAUUGAGUUGACUGAGGAAGAGAGAGAGAGCAUUUCUCCUGCUAGCAGAUUAGGUUAA